AUGUCAGCUCAAGACUUCUGUGAUACAUGCAACAAGUCAGUGCCUUUUUACAUUCUACCGGAUCGAAAAACGGCGCUAUUGAAGAUGGUACUUCACAAUUACGUUUACCGUCGCUGGUUUCGUCCAUAUCAAAGCGAGAUCGAGCAUAUGCGAUUUAUUUGCAAGCCCAUAGAGCCACGCGACCUGCCUGAGGAAAGUGUGCCUUCUCAAUCAACUAUCAACGCCCUCAUUUCCUUGAACAAAGCUAUAUGCGAUAAAACAGAGAGGCGACGCCACGUCUAUAGAGUAAUACGCUAUAGGGCGAAUCGCGACCAAGUCGACUAUAAGAAUCAUAUUCUGCAGCCACUGUUCCGCGCACUGCUCGUCAUCAUCUGUUCAAAGGGGUAUAAUAAAGAGGAUUCUAAGCAUUUAGGCCCUCUUCCCGUCGUCUUGGUAUCUACGGGGGUACAAGAUGGCCUUAGCGCACCCAUUGGAUUUGAUUCUAUCAAGCACAAGAUCCGUGGCUACGUGGAAGGAAUGAAUGGACAUGCCGUGGAAACUACAUUGGAGGUAGCCGUUGAUUUUGUCAUGGGCUUAGAGGCUAGAGAAGCCGCAGUAUUCGGCCUCCAACCUGAUCCGGUAGCAGUAUGGCAGGCAGACCCUAGUACUAUCGAGAUGUGGGAGAAACUCGAAGGAGACAAGCCAUUAUUUGGACCUAGCUCUCAGUACAUGGAUGUAAAGACGUGGACGUCAUGGCAAGGGAUGGGAGAGCAGUACGACAGGUGGAUCAUGGAUCAAUAUGAGAAACGGGCGUUCAGGUUUUACGAAAAGAGAGAGGCAAGAGAGACAACUUGA